UGAGAAGGAUGUGGGCGUGACUUUUGUGGCCGCCUCCAUCAGAAAAGACUUCUGUGGCCCCCUUCAAAUGGUCCCAUUUGGGCGCCUUCUGAACUCUCUCUCUCUUUCUCUCUCUCUCUCUCGACCUCAGCUUCCAAAAGCUCUCGUCCUCCCUCCAAGUUUCCCUUCAUUUCUAGGGUUCUACCUCCAAAGCCCUUCCGUUCCUCGGAGAAUUCUCUCCUUAUCUCCUCCGGCCGCGAUCACGGAUUUUCCGGGGCUUCCCUAGUAGCUUUGAGCGAAUCGAGAAAUGAGACCCGAUUGUGUUAGAUUGAGCAGAGUUCCAGGUGUUCGAUUUAGGUUCUGGUAGCUGGAAAGAAGAAUUAGAAGAAAGAAAUAAGUUUUAGAAUAUGGGAUGCCUGGUAUCCACACCAAGAGAUUCAGGUGGACACAGAAUAAGGCCUGGGAAUAUUGGGGAGGUGGCUGUGUUUGUGCCGGGAUUCCGAAUCCCUAAGAGUGUGGACUUUUCACAGCCACUGGGUGACUGCUUAUCAAAGAGUCUAGUGGAGCGACUUUCAGCUCUGAGGGCUCGGAUAGUUGUCAUGGCUGCCCGGGAGGCACCAUCAGCAGUGAAGCCAAGAUGGAGAGCAGCUACUCGACAUGGAGGUUCUCCCUUGGCUGAUCUUCUUCGUGCUCUGGAGGACUACUUACCUGUACUGCUGGGUUUGGUGGAGGAUGUUGCUUGAGUUAUCCUAUACAGGUAGUCAAUUGAAAGACAAGAUACGGUUUGUUUGGGUUAACCAGGAGGAUGAUGUUGGGGAAACUGCCAUGACAAACGCUUGGUAUGAGGUGCUGUCAGUUUUACACUUGAUGGCUGUGAUAUGUUUAUCACUGGCCAAUUUGUUGCUUCUUCCUAAAACGUCUACUGAUGGUUAUCAGCCAAGGGUAUCUGAAGAGAGCAGACGGAGCUCUGUUGAUGUUUUCUUGAGGGCAGCAGGUUAUUUGGAUUGCGCUAUUCAGCAUGUUCUUCCUCAAAUACCUCAAGAUCUCAGGAGAGAUCUCCCAGAAGACCUCGCAGAAGGAGUGCUUAAAGCUCUCUCCAUGCAGGCCUUGGGUCAGGGUGUUGAUAUUCAACUUGGGAUGGCAAUUGAUAGUCCAAAGGCCACACUAGCAGUUAAACGCCGGUUAGCAUGUGAGAUGGUCAAGUACUGGCAUCAGUCUACACAGGCUCAUGAUAACAUAUCACAACUUCAUUUCUCUGAUGGCUGGGGGAAGAAACAUCAACUUUUUGUGAAGUGGAAAUAUGUUGAAGCAAAGGCUGCUGCAUAUUAUUACCAUGGAUUGAUCCUUGAUGAGGGGAAAACAGAGAAAUCCCAUGGAAUGGCUGUAGCUGCUCUGCAAGCGGCUGAGGAAUUUCUCAAAGAAAGCAAGAAAGCCUGUGCGGCCUUCAAUCUGAUGCCUCCUAUCUCCAGGAUUCCUCCUCUGUGGGGAUCUAUGAAGUACCUUUCCGAGAAGAUCCCCAAAGAUGCCUCAAGCAAGGUUAAAAUCAAUCGAGAUCUCUACAGUCAAGAAAGGAUUCUUCAGACGGCACCAACGUUGCCAGAUUUUGCAUUGGCUUUGAAACCGGAUGACUACCAACUUCCUCCAUUGGAUGCUUCAUGGAAGAAAGAGGAUAACUGUCAGUAGAAAAUUUUGGAGGAGACAAAGGCAGAAGAGUACCAGCCUUGAGAAGUUGGAUGCAUACAGCGAGUGAAAGGGUGACAGUUUUGCAUACCACUGUGAGGUAGAUCAUUGGAUGUGCGAGGGAUCUCUUAUUUACAAGUCUUUUGAAACAUAAAAUGUAGAUAAUAAAUGACAGAAAUGAUUCCAUUUCACCAAUGAAGAAAUAACCUGUUAUUUCUUGUUCUUUUUCUUUUUCUUUUCUUUUUUUUAAAAGAAAAACCUUGUUGCUCAUUGUACAAGCUCUUCCUAUUUUUAUUUGGCUAGAAUUUCUAGAAUAAUUCUAGGAUGAGCAGUGAGGGUGUUUUGGUACCUUAAGAAAAGGCAGGCAUAAAUAAAGGCUUCCUAACAGGAAUAUCUCCUGAUAGCUUUCCUUUUAAA